AUGGAAAACAAGAGCGGUGCCGCUGGGUUCCGUAUUUUGGGAUUUUCAGACUCCCCGGAACUACAGGGGCCGCUCUUUUUGUUCUUCCUACUCAUCUACCUUGUGACUGUGUGGGGAAAUCUUCUACUUAUUUCAUUAAUCUCCACUGACUCCCACUUACAAAAGCCCAUGUACUUUUUUCUUUCCAACUUAUCAUGUUUAGACAUCUCAUAUAGUUCUGUCACUGUCCCAUAUUUGCUGCACAUUUUCAGCACAGGUAAUAAUUACAUCUCCUUUAAAAAAUGUAUGACCCAACUUUACUUCUUCACUUGCUUUACAAUGAUAGAAUACAUGCUGCUCACCACUAUGGCAUAUGACCGGUACGUGGCCAUCUGUAGACCAUUAUUUUAUCCCCAGGUUAUGAACCAGAGGACAUGCAUAUUAUUGGCUGCUGCUGCUUGGAUAGGUGGGUUGUUAGCAGGGGCCCCACUAUCAGUUUUAAUUUCUGCUCUCACUUACUGUAAAUCAAACAUUAUCAAUCAUUUCUUUUGUGACCUCACUGCCUUGCUGAAGUUAUCCUGUGAUGAUACGUCUACUGUUGAGACUGUAAUGUUUCUCCAAGGGGCCUCUCCCUUGUUUAGCUGCUUUGCUCUUACAAUGAUGUCCUACAUAUACAUAAUAUCUGCAAUCCUCAAGAUAACCUCAGCUGAAGGCAGAUACAAAACCUUCUCCACAUGUGGGUCCCACCUCACUUCAGUUACCCUCUUUUAUGUCCUACUUUUCUGUGUUUAUAUGAAACCAGUAUCUUUAUAUUCAUUGGAUGAAGGGAAAGUAGUUUCAAUUCUGUAUGUGAAUAUCAUACCCAUGUUAAACCCAAUCAUAUACAGCUUGAGGAACAAGGAUGUGAAAAAAGCUUUGCCAAAGGCAUGGUUCCACUGUAUGCCAAGGGCUAUUUUGGGGGACUCUCUAAUAUAA